AUGGCGAGACUGGCUUGGAAGGAGCUGCGUCCAGGCCUCAUUCAUGAGGUUUGUCAACCAGGACUUUCUCCGCUCUCGGUGGUUCGACAAGAUGAGGCAGCAAUCCAGCGCCUGAGAGCUGCAGCAGAACGCUUGACAAGCAGUGAGCCUUUUGAGUGUGCUCGCUGGGCAUCGAUCUUGGAUUUGCAAGGUCGACACGUUGAAGCUCAACAAGUCCUGAAGGAGCGAUGCGCAAAUGAAGCCAGACCAGGGCAUUUUGGAGCAAUUCGUCUCUUGACACAUAUGAUUCAGCGUCAUGUACAAUGGCAAGCGGAGCGAGCUCGUCUGGAGCAGGAGAACAGGCCCAGCAAGGUUGUUCCAGUGGAAAUCCUGCCGGCAGAAGUUUCUCGAGAAGAGCUCUGGAAAAAGUUUGUCCAACCAGGAGUUCCGUGCGUGAUUCGUGGUGCGGGAGUGGCUUCAUUUCGGACCCUUGAUGAUUUGAAAGCCAUAAGCAAGGCACAGGUGCCUGUUCGUGGCUGUGACGAAGCUUCAGCAAAGUGGGCUCGCUUGGAGUUUGUGGGCGUGAAGCGCUUCGAUGAAUUUCUGCAAGUAUCGACCUGA